CAUUGCAAAAUUUCCCAGAAGGGUAGUGAGAGGGGGAAGAGAGGUGGGGAAUGAUCAGGGUUCAGAGAGGAGGAAACAGAGUAGCAUUCACGGUUACAUAAACUUGUAGAGUUCGCCAAAAAAGUUAGAAUCAUAUGCGCGUGUGGAGCACCAAAAGUCGUGGCCUAGGAGAGAAGCACAAGUCCUUCCAGAGGUCUUGAAAGAAGCAGAAGCGCUGAGGAACUGUGUACCAUGGUGCCCAGGCUCUGCCUUUUGCUGCUGCCGCUGCUGCCGCCGCUGCUGCAAGUCUCUGCGACCACACCAGAGCCCUGUGAGGUGGACGAUGAAGAUAUCCGUUGCUUCUGCAACUUCACGGAUCCGCAGCCGGACUGGUCCAGCGCCUUCCAGUGUGUAGCUGCGGUAGAGGUGGAGAUCCGCGGUGGCGGCCGCAGCCUGGAACAAUUUCUAAAGCACGCCAACACCGACCCCAAGCAGUAUGUAGACGUGAUCAAGGCUCUGCGCUUGCGGCGGCUCACUGUGGGCGCUGCACGGGUGCCUGCUCAGCUCCUGUUCAGCGCUCUGAACGCGCUCGGUUACUCGCGCCUCAAGGAACUGACGCUGGAGGACCUGGAGUUGACCGGCACGGUGCCACCGCUGCCUCUGGAAGCCCCAGGGCCUGCGCUCACCACCCUCCGUCUCCGGAACGUGUCGUGGGCAGAAGGAGGUGCCUGGUUCACUGAAUUGCUGCAGUGGCUCAAGCCCGGCCUCAAGGUACUGAGCAUCGCGCAAGCUCACUCACUGGCUUUCUCUUGCGCACAGCUUCCUACCUUCCAGACCCUCACCACCCUAGACUUGUCGGACAAUCCUGGUCUGGGCCAUCAGGGACUCACUGCGGCACUGUGUCCGCUCAAGUUCCCUGCUCUCCAGAGCCUAGCCUUGCACAACACGGGGGUGGAGACGCCCACCCGCGUGUGCCAGGCACUGGUGGCAGCAGGUGUGCAGCCCCAGAGCUUAGACCUCAGCCACAACGCUCUGCGGCCGGCUGCUGCCCCCGGCCCUCCCCCCUGCGUCUGGCCCAGCACUCUCAAGGAUCUCUACCUGAGCUUUGCUGGGCUGGAGCAUGUGCCUAAGGGACUACCAGCCAAGCUUAAUAAACUUGACCUCAGCAGCAACCGGCUAAGCAGAGCCCCGAGUUCAGAUGAACUGCCUGAAGUGAGUAAACUGAUCCUGGAUGGGAACCCUUAUUUGGACCCCGAAGCCCAUAAGCACCAAGACUCUACUAACUCUGGAGUUGUUCAAGCCUGUACUCGUUCAGCCCUGGCCUUGGGUAUAUCAGGAACUGCAGUGCUGCUUCAAGGAGCUGGGGUCUUUGCCUAAGACCCAGAGGAAAAGGAAGAAUCGGUUCAGAUUGCCAAGGAUCCUGGGCAAUCUCAUCAGGACAUCUCCAGGAGGUAGUGCAGUGGUAAAGUUUUGGACUCUCAAGCAUGAGGUCCUGAGUUUGGUCCCCGGCAGCACAUGUGCCAGAGUGAUAUCUGAUUCUUUCUCUCUUCUCCUAUCUUUCUCAUAAAUAAAUAAAAUCUUAAAAAAUAAAUAAAUAGCUGGCUUCGGGCUGUAGCACAGCGGGUUAAGCGCAGGUGGCGCAAAGCAGAAGGACUGGCAUAAGGAUCCCGGUUCGAACCCCGGCUCCCCACCUGCAGGGGAGUGGCUUCACAGGCGGUGAAGCAGGUCUGCAGGUGUCUAUCUUUCUCUCCCCCUCUCUGUCUUCCCCUCCUCUCUCCGUUUCUCUCUGUCCUAUCCAACAACGACAACAACAAUAAUAACAACAACAAUAAAACAACAAGGGCAACAAAAGGGAAUAAAUAAAUAAAAUAAAAUAUUUAAAAAAAAUUAAAAAAGAAAGAAAGAAUAGUGAAUACGAUUAACAUUGAUGUGUGACAUUGGUGGCUAAACUAUAGACUCAAAGAAACAUGGAGACAGCUAAAUAAACUGCUGACUUCAGUUGCCAGGAGGUGGUGUUAUCCCAUAAAGUGUUGAUCUGAAAGCAUGGGGACCCAAAUUUGAUCCCUGGUGUUGUGCCAGAGUGAUGCCCAUGUGGGUUGCGGAGUAGUGCUGUAUUAUUACCUUUCCCUAAAAUAAAAAGAAUGAGAUACCUCAGCAUGUUAGAACACAGGAAUUGUAUAUCUGAGGACCUAGGUUUAAGUCUUGGCACCACUAUGUGCCAGGUCUGAUCUCACCCUUUGUCUUCUAUAAAAAACAAACAGGGAUGGGAAAUUGUUCCGUUGGCAUAAUGAGUGACUUGUAUGGCUGAGAACCCUAGUUUGACUCCCAGGGUCACUUAUGCCAGACAAUUUUGAGAGUGGUAUUCUGAAUCCCCUCCCUUUCUGUUUAGAUUUUUUUAAAUCCUCAACAAAAAAACAAACAAAAAAUAAUCUCAAAGGUGUCACUUAGUGGUGGCAUCAUUAGUUUAUGAAAGCUUAGAUCCCUUUUCCGGCAUUAAGAAAAUAUAUAUUU